GAUGUAAACAGUCCAAUUCGGCCUUUGAACGCGGUAUCAUUGUUGUCUUUAAGAUGACAGCUCCGAAAAGUCCAAAAUAUAUAUAAAUAGAGCCAUCGAAAACAUACAACUUCAUAACUUUUUUUUCUCUAAUAUAAUCAUAAUGAAGUUCUCAGUAUUUGGAUUAGCUACUCUUGCUUUGGGAUUACAAACUGUCUUGGCAGCCUCUUGUGACUGCAAUGAUGGUGAUGUAUCUUGUCAAAACCAAUGUGUGCAAGAAACCAAUGAUUGUAUCAAUUCAUGUAAUGGGGACAUUCAAUGCUAUCAAAACUGUAUCAAUAACAGUUGGCCCGGUGUUUCUCGAACAGCUGCCGAAACCACAGCUACCAUGACUACUGGUUCCAUGACAACCGCCAGCAGUGAAGUUACCACUACUCUUAUGACUUCUGCUGCUGCUACCACUACUCUUAUGACUUCUGAUGCUACUACUACUACUACUACCAACAGUGUUAUUGAAGCUUCAUCUACUGUGGUUCCUUCUAGUGUCGAUAUUGUUUUCACCAGCAGCAGUACAGUUCCUGCCUCUAUCAUUUCUGCCGUCAAUUCUGCCGCUUCUUCAGCAGCUGCCCCUGUUUCUGAAACUGCCUCCAGUGUUCAAUCCGCUGCUCAAUCCGCUACUUCUGUUGCCCAGUCUGCCACUUCUGCUGCUCAAUCUGCUGCUGCCUCUGUCACGUCUGCUGCUGCCUCUGCUAUCAGCUCAGUCGCUAGUUCAGCUACUGCUGCUGCUUCUCAAGCUGCUAGUUCUGCUGCUUCUGCUGCUGCUAGUGCCACACCUGAAGUCAAUGCUGCUAGCAAGCAAUCUACUCUUGGUCUUACUGCUUUAUCUGUCGGCAUUGCUGCCGCUCUCUUUGUAUACUAAUCUUAAUCCUAAUAAAAAAAUUUUUUUGACCUAUUACACUUUUUUUUUUUAUCUAAAAUUGAUAUCAUUGAUCGGAUCAAGUUUGUUUUUUGCAUACAAAUCGACUUUCUGU